UGACCUAGGAUUGUGCCAUAGACUAAUAUAAUGUUGGAAAAAACGCUCUAUUUAAGUUGAAUCCUACAACCGAUUUAUCACUUCUCUCUAAAAAGCCAGUAGAAUGAAGUCUGAAAAGAAAUUCGUGAUAUUCAGUGGGAAUAUUGUGCAUAGCAUCGGUCCUUCAGAGAUAGAGCUGAUAGAAAAUGGAUUCAUCAUUGUGGAAGAAACGAAGAUAGUCGCAAUUGGGGCCAGCAAUGAUCUGGAAACUUGCAAAGCUAAUUUAAAUAUAAAAAAAUUCCACGAGACCAAGCUGAAACCAUCUCAACUUCUCAUACCAGGAUUCAUCGAUACACACAUCCAUGCCGUCCAAUAUCCGAAUUGUGGUUUGGGAUAUGAUAAACCUCUACUUGAAUGGUUGAACGAUUACACUUAUCCCAUGGAAAAACAAAUGAAGAACGAGGAAUUUGCAGAAAGAGUUUUCGACGCUGUAGUGAACAGGACCUUGAGUAAUGGCACAACUACUGCCAUGUACUUCGCCUCAUUAUACGAACAUAUUUCCCUCCUGUUGGUAGAAUCUGUGAUAAAACAUGGCCAGAGGGCACUGGUCGGUAAAAUAAAUAUGACUGUUAUGGCGCCAACGGAUUAUGUGGAGAGUGAGAAUGAUUCGAUCAAGAAAACAAUACAGUUCGUGAAUAAAGUUAAAAAAUUAUGCAACCCAUUGGUCCAUCCUGUGAUAACCCCUAGGUUUGCCCUCAGUGUAGAUAUGCCUGUGAUGAAAACCCUAGGAAAGAUAGCUCGUGAAGAAGACUUACAUAUUCAGACUCAUAUAUCGGAAAACGCUAAUGAAGUGGAACUCGUUGAACGGAUAUUUGGCAGAAAAUACGCAGAAGUUUACGAUGAAGCCGGAUUGCUGACUCCCAAAACCAUACUUGCCCAUGGUAUACAUCUUUCCGAAUCCGAAAUAGACCUCAUAGCAGAACGAGGAGCCAGUAUAUCUCAUUGUCCCGAAUCUAAUUGCCUACUCAGAUCUGGUAUUUGCAAAGUGAAGAAAUUAAUGGAUAGAGAAGUCGAUGUUUGUUUGGGAACUGAUGUUUCUGGAGGGGCUUCACCCUCAAUGAUAAACGCUAUGAGGGCAGCUAUCAGUUCAUCCAUAAAUUCCACGUUUGUCUCGAAUGAAAAAUGCGAGUGUAUCGAUUGGAAAGAGGCAUUCUAUUUGGCAACGUUAGGAGGGGCUAGAGCGUUGAGGAUGGAGAAUCAAAUAGGGAAUUUCGAAAAGGGAAAAGAGUUCGACGCUCUUAUAGUAGAUCUGGAUGUCAAAGAUUCUGCAUGUGAUUACUUGUUGACGGUUUCACCAAUGGAGAAUCUGCAAAAAUUCAUUUUCACAGGCGAUGACAGGAACAUCUUGAAUGUUUUUGUGGCUGGAAAGCAAGUUAGAUGUUAUGAAUUAUGAUAUUUUUUGUUACCUAGAUUAAUUUAUUUGAUAUAAUUAAAAUACCUUUUUCGUU